CUGGCAGGCAUGUGUGUGGAAUGAAAAUGUGCGAGGCCUUUUGUCCCACUGGUUCCAAGUAACAGCUCUGCCCUCAGACAGGAGAAAAGGAGCAUGAGGAGAGCAGGUCUGUCUCCUGUGUAAAAGAGGAGCAGAAGAAGAGAGGGGAGACUCCAGUCCCCUCGGCCUGGAGAUGCACUAGCUCCUGACUGCAGCUGAGAGGACUGUGAAGGGAGGACGCUAGUGGAGUUUCCACAGGUGGUGUCUGGUGUUAAAGGUCCUCUGUUUUCACUCACGUCACAGUCAUAGCCCUGAGUGCUGGUCCCUGUAGAUUCACCAGCUGACAAACACUGAGGGUACAGCAGGGAUGGAAGAAGCAGCAGAUGACAGAGACAGGAUGACCAGCCAGCAGGCUCUGUGUGUCUCUGACCAGAAGACCAGCAAACGCCCUGGCAUCUCCACUCUCAAAUUGUUCAUUGUGGCGCUGUCCUUCGCCUAUUUCUCCAAGGCCCUCACAGGAACCUACAUGAAGAGCUCCAUCACUCAGAUCGAGAGACGUUUUGACCUCUCCAGCACCCACAUUGGACUCAUAGAUGGCAGUUUUGAGAUGGGGAACUUGUUGUUCCUAGCUGUGGUCAGCCAUUUUGGUGCCAAGCUGCAUCGGCCCAGACUCAUCGCCGGGGGUUGUUUCCUCAUGGCAGUGGGGGCCUUUCUCACUGGCCUGACACACUUCUUCAUGGGACGCUAUAAGUAUGACACAGUCAUCCAGGUUUUCCAGAAUGACAGCAUGAACAUCGCUGCCUGUGUGGAUCCUCUGAAAACAUCAGAAGCACCUGAAAUUCAGAUAGAGCCUUCUUUAGAGGACAACACAGCCUGUGUGAGAGAAUCUGGCUCCAACAUGUGGAUCUAUGUGUUCCUGGGGAACGCUCUGCGGGGGAUCGGAGAAACCCCAGUCACACCUCUGGGCAUCUCCUACAUCGAUGACUUUGCAAAAGCUGAAAACUCACCGUUCUACAUCGCAUGUCUCCAGACCAUUACUCUCCUGGGUCCCAUGUUUGGUUUCCUCCUGGGCUCCUAUUGUGCCAAAUUAUAUGUUGACAUUGGAUAUGUGGAUAUGGAAAGUGUGACCAUCACUCCAAAAGAUGCCCGCUGGGUGGGUGCCUGGUGGAUGGGCUUCUUGGUGUCUUCUGCUCUCCUGCUCAUCUCCAGCAUCCCGUUCUGGUUCCUGCCUCGCUCGCUGCCCAAGCAGGAGGAAGACGAGAGCAAGCCAACCCCAGCACGUGAGACCCCAGACGGGACAGAUGAUGCCCUCAACACCAACCACAACCUCAAGUUGACUGAAAUCGCAAAAGGGUUUCUUCCGUCCCUGAAGCGCCUGUUAGGAACUCCUGCCUACUUCUUGCUCCUUUGUGGCAGCAUCCUGAAGUUCAACUCCUUCAUCGGCCUGUUCACCUUCAAAGCCAAAUACAUGGAACAACAGUUUGGACAGUCUGCAUCCAGAGCUAACUUCCUCAUAGGUGUGUUAAACCUGCCAGCGGUGGCAGUGGGGAUCUUCCUGGGAGGGCUGCUGAUGAAGAGGUAUAAGCUGAGUGUGGUGUCGGGGGCUCAGCUCUCCUUUGCUACGUCCUUCAUGGCGUACCUCCUCCUGCUGUUGCAGUUUGGCACCAAGUGUGACAACAUUCCCGUGGCUGGCCUCACCAUUUCAUACAAUGGGACAGAGGGUAUAUCAUAUGGCAGUGAAAUGCUGUUCGCAGACUGUAACAGAGACUGCUCAUGUUCAGCAGAGGAGUGGGACCCUGUGUGUUCAGACAGCGGCAUCACCUACAUCUCUCCAUGUUUGGCUGGCUGCCUCGGCUCCAGUGGAUACGGCAAGAACACAGUCUUUCACAAUUGCAGCUGCGUGUCAGCCUCCUUCCCAGCAGGCAGCAGUACGUCAGUGAAGCUGGGCCAGUGUCCGCACGCCAAGGACUGCAGCCGCAGUUUCACCUCCUACAUGGCUGUGUCUGUUCUCAGCUCCUUUAUCAACUCUCUGGGAGCCACUCCGGGCUACAUGGUCAUCAUACGAUGCAUCUCACCAGAGCUCAAAUCACUAGCGCUGGGUAUCCAGGCCUUGGUAACCAGGACUCUUGGUGGAAUUCCUGCACCGGUGUAUUUUGGGGCCCUGAUUGAUUCGACUUGCCUGAAGUGGUCGAUGAAGAAGUGUGGGGGCAGAGGUGCAUGUCGCAUUUACGAUGCUGAUAUGUACAGGAUCAUCUUCCUGGGUCUGAUCACUUGUCUCAGUGGUUCUGCAUAUUUCUUCAUCAUUGCUGUCAUCGUCCUGCUCAGAAGACAGUUUCGAAAGCCAGAGCGGGAAACAGAGAUGCAGCAACCAAAAGCUUCAAAGGAAAUUGAACUCAAGACCACAAUGAACCCCACUGAGCCUGGUGCUCCUAAGACUCCCAAACUGUCUCAUGCCCCAAAAGUUUGUGUGAGGAUUUCAGCAGAUGUGGAGGAGGAAGGGGAGGUUCAUAGAACGGAGUGGCUUGUUGAUGAUGGAGAUAGACUCGCCUCCGUAAAUAACACAAAGGAGAAGCAACAGUCUGAAUCCCUGACAGAGGCCACUGUUGAGUUCUCCAGAGCAAAGUUAGAGCUGCAUGGGCUGAAGCCGGAGGAGGAGGAGGAGAAAGAGCGGAAAGACAAAGUCUGUGUGGAGACAAACGCACGGGUGGAAAAAGAAAAGCUGAAAGACAAGAAUGAGCUGGAGAAAGAAACACAGCACAGCAAAAAAAACUGACGGCCCACAAAGCUAAGGUGGUGACCAAUGUCAGACAAGGAAAAAUGGGACCACUGUAGAAAUGUUUGGCCAAAAGUUUGUCAAGAGGGACUGCUUCUUCCUCUGGGUUGCAGCAAGCUCUAUUCUAACAGCAUUUCCCUCUCUUUUAUGACAGGACAGAGCUCUUAUAUCACACUUAGUCCUGAAGAAAUAUUGUCCACAACUGUAGAAACAGAACUUGGUAUAAAAAUGAAAUAGCACAAAAUACUGACUCGUAUGUGCAGCAUCCCUGUGAGGUCCAGACCGAAAAAACAAAACACUAGAGACCUCUCGGCCAAAAUAAAUGUUUUCCUUUUUAUGUCAAUAAAUGAAUCACUGAA